UUGCCCAGCACACACGGAUUAGCUAAGCUACCAUGGGCAGAAAGGUGUGCAUCUCCCCUGCAAUCAUCGCGCUUGUAGUGCUUGCUGGCCUGCGCGCGAAUGCUUCCGCCUUCGCCGGCGGUGCCGCUGCCAGCAUGGACGCGGCGCUGGCUGUGCGGCAGCUGACGCCAACGCUGUCGUCGAUGAAGCUGGAGGACGCCGUGUUGCCGGAGCUGGCGGUGGACCUAGAGGUGCACCGCCGCAUCCUCUUGGGCAUCCCCCAGCGAACCGAGAACCGCGAUGGGCCAGCCUGCCUGAAGAAUGGGUGUCCGGCGGACGGAGGAGCGUAUACCGACCGCGGAUGCCUCAAGAAGUACGGCUGCUCGUUAACGCCACCACAGUCCACAGUGAACUGAAGGGCACUACGUACGGGCGUCAAUGCAACCUCCUUCCUGCACGCCGUCCGUUCAUGGGCGCACUCGCGUUCCAUCCAUCCAUCCAUGUUUUAUUUCCUUUCCAUUUUGCAUUUCAGUAUCGUCGUUGCUAACUUUUCUGUCGGCAUGUACGUACCUUGAAAUGACUUGGUAUUCCGUACUACGUAGAGUUGGCAUGAUUGUGCAAGCGACACGGUUGUACCAUCCGGCUGAUGGUCGAUACUAUAGUUGAUGUUAUCUUACGUCCAGUUUGCACUUAAACACAAGUAAAAACAAUUUGUACAUCUCCUUGGAAUAAGAUCUCACUGCAUUUGGAUUCCA